CCUUAAGAAUCAUCAAGGUAUACAAUAGACCUUCAGAUCGGAAAAAUUCAUUAUCGUAUCCCUGUCUGUUCACCCUAUAAAUACCGAAGUCUUUGCUAGAAGAAUCAGUAUAUCCCAGUCUCCAACGAAGUAAAGUAAAGUUUCUGCCUUAACGAAAUAAAUAACGAAGAUGAAGAUCAUUUUUACAAUCUUGUGUCUCGUACUUCUGGCUGUUUCCUUCGUCAUGGGUUGCAAGCCACCAGGUUUGCCUUGUACCGACGAUAGUGAUUGCUGUGGACCAUUAAUAUGUAAUCCAUGGGCUGGUCGUUGCACCAAGAAAAUGACCCCAUCAUCGACGAAUCUGCCAGGAAAUUCCGAAGUUCCAACCAAUGAAAAACAAAAAUGAAGAAUGAACUGAUUAAUGUGGAUAUUAAUUCGUAGGCCUACUAAUUAAAUUGCAAUUACCUUACUUUACUAGGAUUCUGAAAUUCAAUGUAAAAAUAAUAUACAUUAAUUAAUACGUAAAUAAAUAUAAUAUA